GUCCCCAGGAAUAAAGAGGGGCAUUUCCUGAUAACAAAAGGGUCAAUUUGUCACAAAGUCCUAACAGACACAAAGGUGUAUGCGCUUCAUAACAGAGCUUCGAGCUACAUGUGGCAAGACUGGACAGACGGAAGGGAGAGGCGGACAGAGGCCCAGGGAGCCUGCAUGCGUGUGGGUCAGCAUACAGACACAGGCCCCAGGCCAGCAGCCCCAGGCGCGCUCUGCACAAACCACCUACCGAUCAAGAGAAAACUCCUCCCCUCCGGAGCCGAGAGCUCCCGACGCUAUCAGAUAUAAAUCCGGAAGUGGAAUCGCUGAAUUGUAUGGAUCCAGGGGCACGAGCCGGAUGGAGGCACUGCCACCCGGACCCACGGGGAGCCUUUGCGUCCCCAGGAAAUUCCAGGAAACCUUCCAGUUAGGCGCCGGGCAGCCUCUGUCCUCCCCACGUUUCUACCAUCACCCACUUUGUCCCCUGAGCUCCAUGUCUCCUGUCCUCCCAGCUCACCCCAAGCCUGGAUGGAAAACAGGAGACCACGCUCUGCUCCAGCCUGGUUCUCCCCUCCUCGUCCACACCUGCCUCCUCAUGAAGCACCAGCGCGACUCUUUGCCGUGCCCCCAGCCCACAUCGCUGCAUCAUUUCGCCAGGAGCGAGCCUUUGUCCCUGCUGACUCCCCUUCCUGGAACACACCUCCUUGGAUUUCUUCUUUUUUUUUUUUUUUUUAACAUGGAAGAGAUGUCUAUAAAGUUAGCGUGUAAUCCUUGCUCAGGGGCUGCGCUGAUCUCUACAUCCUCCCAGGUCGUCGUGUCUUCAUCCUUCGUCCCACGUGCUCUGCCUUGGCCCUCCUCGCCAGUGGCUCCAGUCACCGUAGGCAGUGGUCUCAGUGAGACUCACCAACAGCUUUCCACAUCAAAGCCAUUUGAAACAGGAGGGCAGGGAGCAGGGCACAACUUUUGAAGGAAUGACACAGUCCAAGGCCACAACAGAAACUGAUUAGAAUCAAGUCCGUCCAAGAUGGCAGACAAGUCGACUAGACCUUGAUCCUCAGUAUAAGCUCCUUGUAACACAUCAGCAAGCUAAACGACACACCCAGGGAUGCCAUGACAGUUCCAAGGUCAACCAUCAGAGAUCAAAAGGGGGGUGGUGGCCCAAUUCCUGGAAAACUCCACCCCAUUCCCAAAAUAUUGCUGCUCUUGUUCAGUUGCUAAGUCAGGUCCAACUCUUUGUGACCCCAUGCCCAAAUUAUUAAUAGUUGGAAUAAUCUUCCUGCUCAUUAGCCUAUGAAAUCACCCAGCCCAUAAAAGCUAACAACAGCACAUUUUGAGAAGUACCCGCCCUCUGUGAUGGCUCACACUGUGUCUGUGGAGUGGGUUUCUCUCCGAAUAAACCCACUUCUUACCUCUCACUGUGUUUCUCGCUGAAUUCUCUCUGAGAUGAGACACCCAGAACCUGGACCACGUCUGUGAUCUCAGGCGGAAGGCCAUAGUUUUGGCUCAGCUUGAGUCCUGGAACAUGGGUUCAGGGUUUCCCGGGUGGCGCUAGUGGUAAAGAACCAGCCUGCCAGUGAAGGAGACUAAGAGACUCGGGUUCCAACCCUGGGUCAGAAGAUCCCCUGGAGGAGGGCAUGGCAACCCACUCCAGUAUUCUUGCCUGGAGAAUCCCAUGGACAGAGGAGCCUGGUGGGCUACUGUCCAUAGGAUCGCAGAGUCGGACACGACUGAGCAACUUAGCACACAUGCUCACGGGUUCAAGUCCCAGUCUGAGGUAAAGGGCUUCCGGCAUCUCUCCUGAAUCUUCUGUUCCCUUUCUGAGUGACUCUGACCUGCCUGGACGUACAGCAGCAGCCCUGGCCCCCUCCCACCACUGCUGAAACUGAACUGUGCUCACUGUUGGCAUGGACCCUGGCUGCCCAGUGGACACACGGGGGGGUUGAGUACCAGUCAGGACAGCAGAGGACACAGUGACUGAGAGGAAAAGGUGACCAGCCAGAGAAGGGAGUCAGAAGGCUAAAAGAUACUCUUUCUUUUCUCCAAAAACAUGUUUCUUUCUUGCAAAACAUGUUUCUCCAUAACCCAUAUGGGUGACAUUGUUGGCAUGACAAGCCCAGGGGAUGGGUUUUUCUUGGGCUCCAAAAAUCACUGCAGAUGGUGACUGCACCCAUGAAAAUAAAAGAUGCUUGCUCCUUGGGAGAAAAGCUAUGACAAACCUAGACAACAUAUUAAAA